AAAAUGGUUUCCUAUAAACUAAUUUAUUUUCAAUCUCGUGGAAAUGGAGAAAUCGCUCGUCAAGUUUUCGCUUUUGCCGGCCAAGAAUUUAUUGAUGAGCGUAUUUCUAAAGAGCAGUGGGCAGAAAUUAAAAAUAUGACCCCAUUUGGACAAGUUCCAGUUCUAGAAGUUGAUGGAAGACAACUGGCACAAUCGAUUACAAUUGUUCGGUAUCUAUCAAAACAAUUUGGAAUUUCUGGAAAAUCAUCAUGGGAAGAAGCUCAAGUUGAUGCUCUCGGUGACCAAUUCAAGGAUUAUCGUGUUGAAGCACGGCCAUUCUUUAGGGCCAAAAUGGGAUUUUCCGAUGGAGAUGUAGAUCAACUUUACAAAGAUUUAUUCGUUCCGGCUUUCAAUAAAAUGUACUCAAUUUUCACUGAAUCUUUGAAAUCCAGUGGAAGUGGUUUCCUUGUUGGAGAUUCUUUAACUUGGAUGGAUUUGGCCAUUGCUCAACAUUCAGCUGAUCUCUUGGAAGCAGAUGGAAAAAUUCUUGAUACAUUCUUGGAGAUGAAAGAUCAUCAGAAGAAAAUUCAUAGUAUUCCAAAUGUUAAAAAAUGGAUUGAAAAAAGACCAGUUACAUCUAGAUAAAUUAUAGAACUAUUUAUUUUAGUGUUCAUUUUUAUCUACCUCGUAAAAUAUACCAAGCUAUCAAACAAUAAAUAAACCAUUAUAUAAU